AUCCAUGAAAGUCUAGUCUAAAGUCCACUCACUCAAUCUUCUUAGUCCUUAGUCCUGACCAUUCCACACAUGCAUUGUUUUACUUCUUCCUCUCACUCAUAAACUCAUUCAUUUCUUCAAUCUUCCCUCUUCUCACUUCUCACAUCUCACACUUGAUCCCUACUUCGACACGUCUUCCUUUUUCCCCCAAACAAAACCUUAACUUCCCCAUUUUUGUUUUCAGUUUCCUCACAUCCCAGAUAGUAGAGAUAGAAACAAAUCUACCCACAAAGAUUUUGAGUGAGAGUUUUAAGAGAAUUUUCCGAAAUUCUUUGCUUUUUUUUUUUUUUUGUAUUCUUUGACUACCCCUUUUGAUUUCUUUGUUCUUUCGUACUACCCUUUACUCAGUUUUUUCAAAGAUCAUUCUGCUGAUUUGAGCAUCUGGGUUUGUCAGUAUUUCUUAUUUACCGGAGGAUUUUGUUGGGUUAUUGCAUAGUUGUGUGAAGCAGAAUUUCCAGAUGUUGAAUUUGAUGAUAGUAUUGGGAAUUUCAGCAUCUGGGUUUGGCUCAUUUUCAUGUUUUGAGUGAUGGGUUGUGUUUAUUCAAGAUCUUGUAUUGGCCAGGUUUGUAUUCCUAAAGAUGCCAGAAUCAAACAAGUAGAAAAUGUGAGAAAUUCAGAGACUGGUGUAUUGUCUCCUAAUUUUUCUGAAGGGGAGGAUGAUCAAAUUCAAGAAUUGAACCAAUUGAGUUUUGGUAGAGACACAGAAGCUGGUAUAAAGAGACUUUCUAGGGUUUCCGCUCAGUUCUUGCCUCCUGAUGGUGCUAGGGUAGUUAGGGUUCCUUCUGAGAGUUAUGAGUUGAAGUACUCAUUUUUAUCACAGAGGGGUUAUUACCCUGAUGCUCUUGAUAAGGCUAACCAGGAUAGUUUUUGUAUUCAUACACCAUUUGGGACGGACCCUAAUGAUCAUUUCUUUGGAGUUUUUGAUGGACAUGGUGAAUUUGGUGCUGAAUGUUCACAGUUUGUAAAGCAUAAGUUGUGUGAAAAUUUGUUAAGGAGUAGUAGGUUUCAUGUUGAUCCCAUUGACGCAUGUCAUGCUGCUUUUAUAACAACCAAUUCACAGCUACAUGCUGAUAGUUUAGAUGAUAGCAUGAGUGGUACUACUGCUAUUACAAUAUUGGUUAGGGGUAGGACUUUAUAUGUUGCUAAUACAGGUGACUCUAGAGCUGUUAUAGCGCAGAGGAGAGGGAAGGAUUUAGUGGCUAUUGACCUUUCGAUCGAUCAAACUCCUUUUCGUACUGAUGAGCUAGAACGAGUUAAACUAAAUGGAGCUAGAGUUCUUACUCUUGAUCAGAUUGAAGGGUUGAAGAAUCCAGAUGUACAAUGUUGGGGCACCGAAGAAGAUGACGAUGGCGAUCCUCCUAGGUUAUGGGUGCAAAAUGGGAUGUAUCCUGGCACUGCUUUCACUAGAAGUCUUGGUGAUUCAAUCGCAGAAUCAAUUGGAGUGGUUCCAAACCCAGAAAUCGUUGUUUUGGAGCUAACACCAGAUUUUCCCUUUUUUAUCCUUGCUAGUGAUGGUGUUUUUGAGUUUCUUUCAAGCCAAACUGUGGUUGAUAUGGUAGCACUUCAUAAAGACCCUCGUGAUGCUUGUGCUGCAAUUGUUGCUGAAUCAUACCGCCUCUGGUUGCAAUAUGAAACUCGUACAGAUGAUAUCACUAUAAUAGUCGUGCAUGUUAGUGGGCUAAAUAAUGUUAUGGAGGCCAUUGCAAGUCCUGGCCCCACUAUGAAGCCCUCUGCUCCUCAAGUUGUGGAGUUGACUGGUUCAGAGUCCCCUGCUACUACAAGCUUGAAUUCUAGGAAUCAACGUGUAAGGCAUGAUGUUUCACGAGCUCGUCUUCGUGCCAUUGAAAGUUCGUUAGAGAGUGGUAAUGUUUGGGUGCCUCCAUCUCCAGCGCACAGGAAAACCUGGGAAGAAGAGGCACAUAUUGAGAGGGCGUUACAUGAUCAUUUCCUUUUCAGAAAGCUUACUGAUAGUCAGUGCCAGGUCCUGUUGGACUGCAUGCAAAGAAUUGAGGUUCAGGCUGGGGACAUUGUUGUCCGACAGGGUGGUGAAGGUGAUUGCUUUUUUGUUGUUGGCAGUGGAGAAUUUGAAGUUUUUGCCACACAGGAAGAGAAAAAUGGGGAAGUACCAAGAGUUUUGCAACGCUAUACGGCUGAAAAGUUGUCAUGCUUUGGGGAGUUGGCGUUAAUGAAUAACAAGCCACUUCAGGCAUCUGUGCGUUGUGUGACCAGUGGAACCUUGUGGACCUUGAAAAGAGAAGAUUUUCGAGGAAUCCUUAUGUCAGAGUUCUCUAAUCUGUCAUCAUUGAAACUUCUGCGAUCGGUAGAUUUUCUUUCAAGAUUGACUAUUCUACAGCUUAGUCAGAUAGCAAAUUCUCUGUCGGAAGUUUCAUUUUCUGAUGGUCAAUCAAUAGCUAAACAGCAUGAGGGUGUAAAUGCAUUGUACGUAAUUCAGAAGGGAAGAGUAAGGAUAGAAUUUGACGUCGAUGUUUUGAAGACUCCAAAUGUCUGCAGUCUGAAGUGUGAUUGUGUAAUUCAAAAUGAUCUGAAACACAGUAACAAAAGACUGUCGGUGGAGAAGCCUGAGGGAAGUUUUUUUGGCGAGUGGGCACUUCUCGAUGAGAAAAUUACUCAGAUAGCUGCAUGUGCUGUCGGUGAUGUUACGUGUUCCGUUUUGACAAAAGAGCAGUUUGAGUCAGUUGCUGGUCCAAUCGCAAAAGUUUCUUUCGAAGAUCACAAGCAAAAGGAGCUUCCUGUGUUCUCGGGCCAGGAUUCGGAUAAAUCUGUUCGAUCUCUGGUUCCUAAUAGAGUACAACUCUCUGACUUGGAGUGGAAAAGGUGCUUGUACUCAACUGAUUGCAGUGAGAUUGGACUUGUACGUAUGAAAGGUUCAGAAAAUUUACUUAGCUUGAAAAGGUUUUGGAAGCAGAAGGUUAAAAAGCUUGGAAAGGAAGAGCAGGUAUUAAAGGAGAAAAAUCUGAUGAAAAGUUUGGAAAAUUCAGCGUGCUCGCCUCAAAUCAUAUGCACUUGUGCUGAUGAGAUACAUGCUGGUAUUCUAUUGGAUACAUGCCUGGCAUGCCCAUUGGCUUCAAUCCUAUAUAAACCACUUGAUGAAUCAUCAGCUCGAUUCUGUGCUGCCUCUGUUGUUGCUGCAUUAGAAGAACUUCACAAGAAUGGAAUUCUAUACCGAGGUGUUUCUUCAGAAGUCCUUAUGUGUGAUCAAACAGGGCAUUUACAGUUUGUAGAUUUCAGAUACGGGAAGAAGUUAAUGGACGAGAGGACACACACUAGCUGUGGCAUGGCAGAUUUUCUUUCUCCGGAGAUAGUAUUAGGAAAGGGUCAUGGUUUCUCUGCUGACUGGUGGGGAUUGGGAGUUUUGAUCUAUUUUAUGCUGCAAGGGGACAUGCCUUUUGGGUCAUGGAGAGAAAACGAGCUUGAUACGAUCGCAAAGAUCUCUAAAGGGCAGUUUAAUCUUCCUCAGUCUUGCAGUCCCGAAGCUAUCGAUCUUAUAACCAAGUUGCUUGAAGUUGACGAAACAAAGAGACUUGGGCACGAUGGACCUGAUUCUGUUAAAAAUCAUCAAUGGUUUACAGGAGUGGAUUGGAAACGGAUUGUAGAACAUACCGUCCCGGUCCCUUCCGAAAUCAUUUCUCGUAUAAGCCACUAUUUAGAGAGCUUUCUUGGUGAUACGUCCCCUGCACCCUCUUCUCCACUCCGGAAUGAUCAAGAACUCAACACUCCGGAGUGGCUUGAAGACUGGUAACUGACAUCAGCUGUGAUUUAGAGGUCCAAGACCUGUCAUGCAUAUCUCUCUAUAUUCUUCAUUUUUUGUGAAAUAUAAGAGCCAAGAGGGUAGUAUAUGUAUCCACUUUUUUGGGUUACCUAGAACGUUCUAAAAGCUCGUAUAAGCAGCUAGAAGGAGCGAAAACCGUGGAGUUAUAUAGUGCCUGUAAAUAAAGAGGUAUAGUUUGCAAAGGAAUGAGUUUUCCUCCUUCCUAUGAAUUCCUUUUUAAGGGUUAAAUUUUACCAAUUUACGGAGAUUUAUCCUUUGUAUUGACAGGUUCAUUGAAAUUUGAAUUACAAAGAAUAUGUAUAUUUUGCUGCACAAUGCUUGUUCUUCACUUUUUGUAUACUUGUAUCAGAUUCAUUUAUCUGAUUGCUUGUUCAUAAUGAAUUGUAUAUCUUGAGUUUUGAUAA